CAAGAUAUUGCUACGUACGCACGUACGAAUACGCAUACACGUGUCGGCACUCGUUGCCGCGGCCGUCUCACGGUAUUUUUGCGAGAGAAAAAAAUUUAUUCCUCGACGAGAAAGAGGAGACGAGAGCCUCGCUGCACGAUUUUGUUGCGCGUGCAUGGAAACGAAAGUGAGGAGGGGGACUUGGUCGAGAAGGGGGAUGGAAAAAGAGUAAGAGAAAGAGCAAGAGAGAAACACAGUGAGAGAGAUGGAGAGGGGGGUCGGCACGAUUGACAGUUGGUAGUUAGUGUCGCUUCCUCGAUACGCGGCCACGUUGCGUUCGCUCUCCCGAUUCGAUUCUCCGGAGAAUCCGAAAGAAAUAGAGGGAGGAAAGAGCGGGAAACGGAGGGAAGGGAAAGAAAUUAACGUCCUCGAGAAGGGAACACGAAUUCCUCUACGAGCCCCGCCGGUCUUUUAGCUUAGCUUACCUCGACGCGCGUUCCGCGACCGCGAAUGGGAGGGAUCGUUUGAGAAGCCGAGGAUAAUCGUCGGUCGAGAUCGAGAGCGCCCGAGGAAGAGGAGGAAGGGCAAAGAUCGCCGGAGAUCGCGAGGGAAUCUCGCGUUUAUUUACACGCGAAAUCGCACAAUCACGCGCCGAACGCAGAAAUUCCGUGGAAUAAUUAUCCGAGGAAACCGCUCGACGAGAUUGCCUAAGAGAACACGAAGCUACGCAAGGAAGUCUCUUCAAACUUGUUCGAAAUUGUAAGAAAAAGAUAUAUCAAGAGAGGGAAGAAAGCGGAAGUAGCGGAGAUAAGAAAAAGGCUCCCGCAGACGGAAACGACGAUAAAGAGAAAAGGAGAAAAGGCGCUCCUCCUCUCGUUUCUUCCCCCGCGAAUUUUUAUUAUUCCCUCGCUAAAAUGAUUCACGCGAGCUUGUGAACCGAAAGCCGCCGAUCUCUUCGCAGGAGGAACUGGAACACGUCGAGGACUCGUCGGCAACUCGUCCAGCGUGGUUCGGUGACCUAUCUCGCCCGGAGAGCCGAGGGGAAGGAAGGACCCCCGGCGGGGAUACAGAGGGGUGGAAGGAGAGAGAGAAAGAGAGAGAGAGAGAGAGAGGCGGGAAAAGAAGGGCAGGGUUGGAGAGAGAGAUAAAGAGAGGGGGCAAGAGGCGGGGGGAAGCGAAACGGCGGGGCACUGCGGAAGGCGAGACGGGAGACGGAGGAGAAAAAAGGAGGGAACACGGGUAGAGGAGGCCGCGUGGACAACCGUGCACGCUCGUGUCUCUCUCUCGUUUCGUUUUGCUGCCUUCGUUCGCGCGAGAACGCGGUGGAUGAGCUACGCUCGUUAGUGCCGGUUGAUGGUACGUCUUCGUGGUCGUCAUCGUGCUUGAAAUUCCUACGUAACGGAAAGAGAGAGACCUCGGAACCCGUCUAUUCGCGCUAACGAAUCGCACGUGGUGCUCGUGGCUGUGGCGGCAGGAUAAUAGCGGAUGAGCGGGUGUUGACAGUUGACGCGGUCAGUUAUCAUCGUCUUGGAGAGACGAGGGAGAGCGUUUCACUUCAACGUCCUCGUGGCAUAGCGAGAUCCCGGCGCGAUCAUGUAUAAGCUACUAUCGGACCUGAGCCGUUAUUUGAAACGGCAGGAGAUCAUCACGGAUUCUAUGGUGUUUCGGAUGCACAACCACUUCACCACGGUGCUGUUGUUCACGUGCUCGAUACUGCUCACGGCCACCCAGUACGUCGGUAACCCGAUCUCCUGUAUCACCCAGGGUUUGCCUACGCACGCCAUCAACACUUACUGCUGGAUAACUUCCACCUUCACUAUGCCGGAUGCGUUCAAUCGACAGGUCGGCCUGGAAGUCGCCCAUCCAGGAGUAGCCAAUGACUUUGGAGAUGUCGACGCGAGGAAAUACUACACGUACUACCAGUGGGUUUGUUUCGUGCUGUUUUUCCAGGCGAUUUUAUGUUAUGUACCGCAAUGGCUGUGGGGCUUGUGGGAAGGCGGUUUGAUGAAUGCGCUGGUCAUGGGAAUGAAUCACGGCAUGGACACCGAGGAAAACAUCACCAAGAAAAAAAGCGCUCUCAUGGAUUAUUUGAUACAGCAUAUCAGGAGUCACAACACGUAUGUGUAUCGGUACUUUGUCUGCGAGAUCCUGUGCUUCAUCAACAUAUUCGGUCAGCUUUUCCUGAUGAAUCGAUUCUUCGACGGUGAAUUCUUCAGCUACGGUCUGCGAGUGCUGCAGUUCUCGGAGACGCCCCAGGAGGAACGCGUCGAUCCUAUGGUCUACGUAUUCCCACGUGUCACCAAGUGUAUCUUCCACAAGUAUGGUGCCUCAGGCACGAUACAGCAGCACGAUUCCCUCUGCAUAUUGCCGCUAAACAUCGUCAACGAGAAGACGUACAUCUUCAUCUGGUUUUGGUUCUUCAUCCUGGGUAUCAUGUUGUUCGGCCUGUUGAUAUACAGAGGGGUGAUUAUCUUUGCACCGAUGGUACGACCGAGGCUGCUGCACCUAUCGACGAGAUUGCUGCCGAUCGAGAUCUGCCAGAGUGUCAGCAAGAAGGUCGACCUCGGUGACUGGUGGAUACUCUAUAUCCUCUCGACCAAUAUGGAUUCGCUCCUUUACAAAGAUUUCCUUAUGGAGUUCACGAAGAAAAUGGCUAACACCAAUUCGAAGUCCGCAACCGCGUAAACGCAGAUUAGACGCGUACUUUGACAUAGUUUGCACUUUCGUUGAUGUAUAGUAUGCGCAUAUGUAUAGGACGAGAGAAUUACUUAGUUUAAAAUCGAUAAAUACGGACUGAUCUUCGCAUCUUGCGAUAUGCUCUUUUUCUGAUCAUGCGUUCCAACAAAAAUCUUCGUACCAUUGCAUUAUGAUUUACAUAUAGAUAUGUAUAUUUACGAAAUAUCCUCAGAAUACUCUUUCAGGUUUUAAAAUAAAUUAACGAUUAAAAAAACGAUAUGUAACGAUGCGUACUGAUUGCGUAUUCAUUUUUUUACAAUGUAUUUUGUAACACUAUGUUAUGGAUACGCAAAAGGAAUUGAGAGUUAAAAAAUGAAUUUUCUCUUUAUUUCUAUACGUGUGAUU